CAGGGCGGGCCCGGCGGUGCCGGAUGAGGAGACUCUGAGGGGAAGUUUGGCCGCCGCCGCCGCCGCGGGCCCCGUGAGGAGGAGCCGCCGCCGGGAGCGCGGGCCCGGCACCGCCGCGCCGCCAUGGGCAACCGGGGCAUGGAGGAGCUCAUCCCGCUGGUCAACAAGCUGCAAGACGCCUUCAGCUCCAUCGGCCAGAGCUGCCACCUCGACCUGCCGCAGAUCGCCGUGGUGGGCGGGCAGAGCGCCGGCAAGAGCUCGGUGCUCGAGAACUUCGUGGGCCGGGAUUUCCUUCCCCGUGGCUCUGGGAUCGUCACUCGCCGGCCUCUCAUCCUGCAGCUCAUCUUCUCCAAGACGGAAUAUGCCGAGUUCCUGCACUGCAAAUCCAAGAAGUUCACGGAUUUCGAUGAGGUUCGCCAGGAGAUCGAGGCGGAGACCGACCGGGUGACGGGCACCAACAAGGGCAUCUCCCCCGUGCCCAUCAACCUGCGCGUGUACUCCCCACACGUGCUGAACCUGACCCUGAUCGACCUGCCGGGGAUCACCAAGGUGCCCGUGGGGGAUCAGCCCCAGGACAUCGAGUUCCAGAUCCGGGACAUGAUCCUGCAGUUCAUCAGCAGGGAGAGCAGCCUCAUCCUGGCCGUCACGCCGGCCAACAUGGACCUGGCCAACUCGGACGCGCUCAAGAUGGCCAAGGAGGUGGAUCCGCAGGGCCUGAGGACCAUCGGGGUCAUCACCAAGCUGGACCUGAUGGACGAAGGCACCGACGCCCGGGACGUGCUGGAGAACAAACUGCUGCCCCUGCGGAGAGGCUACAUCGGCGUGGUGAACCGGAGCCAGAAGGACAUCGACGGCAAGAAGGACAUCCGCGCCGCGCUGGCGGCCGAGCGCAAGUUCUUCCUGUCCCACCCGGCCUACCGGCACAUGGCCGAGCGCAUGGGCACGCCGCACCUGCAGAGGGUCCUCAACCAGCAACUCACCAACCACAUCCGGGAGACGCUGCCCUCGCUGCGCAGCAAGCUGCAGAGCCAGCUGCUGUCCCUGGAGAAGGAGGUGGAGGAGUACAAGAACUUCCGUCCCGACGACCCCGCCAGGAAAACCAAAGCCUUGCUGCAGAUGGUGCAGCAGUUCGGGGUGGACUUUGAGAAGCGGAUUGAGGGCUCAGGAGACCAGGUGGACACUCUGGAGCUCUCCGGGGGCGCCAGGAUCAACCGGAUUUUCCACGAGAGGUUCCCCUUCGAGCUCGUGAAGAUGGAAUUCGACGAGAAGGAUUUGAGGCGGGAGAUCAGCUACGCCAUCAAGAACAUCCACGGGGUGAGGACGGGGCUGUUCACGCCGGACCUGGCCUUCGAGGCCAUCGUGAAGAAGCAGGUGGUGAAGCUGAAGGAGCCGUGCCUGAAAUGCGUGGAUUUGGUGAUCCAGGAGCUCAUCAACACCGUGCGCCAGUGCACCAGUAAGCUGGGCUCCUACCCCAGGCUGCGGGAGGAGACCGAGCGCAUCGUCACCACGCACAUCCGCGAGCGGGAGGGCAAAACCAAGGACCAGAUCCUGCUGCUCAUCGACAUCGAGCUCUCCUACAUCAACACCAACCACGAGGAUUUCAUCGGCUUCGCCAACGCGCAGCAGCGGAACACGCAGACCAACAAGAAGAGAGCGAUCCCCAACCAGGGGGAGAUCCUGGUGAUCCGCCGGGGCUGGCUCACCAUCAACAACAUCAGCAUCAUGAAGGGCGGCUCCAAGGAGUACUGGUUCGUGCUCACGGCCGAGUCGCUCUCCUGGUACAAGGAUGAGGAGGAGAAGGAGAAGAAGUACAUGCUGCCUUUGGAUAAUCUGAAAAUCAGGGACGUGGAGAAGGGAUUCAUGUCCACCAAACACAUCUUCGCCAUCUUCAACACGGAGCAGAGGAACGUGUACAAGGACCUGCGGCAGAUCGAGCUGGCCUGCGACUCGCAGGAGGACGUGGACAGCUGGAAAGCCUCCUUCCUGAGGGCGGGGGUUUAUCCCGAGAAGGACCAGACGGAGAGCGAGGACGGGGCCCAGGAGAACACCUUCUCCAUGGACCCCCAGCUGGAGAGGCAGGUGGAGACCAUCCGGAACCUGGUGGAUUCCUACGUGGGGAUCAUCAACAAAUCCAUCCGGGACCUCAUGCCAAAGACCAUCAUGCACCUCAUGAUCAACAAUACCAAGGAUUUCAUCCACUCGGAGCUGCUGGCCUUCCUGUACUCGUCGUCGGACCAGAGCAGCCUGAUGGAGGAGUCGGCGGAGCAGGCGCAGCGCCGCGACGAGAUGCUGCGCAUGUACCACGCGCUCAAGGAGGCGCUGGCCAUCAUCGGCGACAUCAGCACCAGCACCGUGUCCACGCCCGUGCCCCCGCCCGUGGACGACACCUGGCUGCAGCCCGGCGCCGGCCACAGGUGGGCUGGGGGGCCGGGGGGGUCCUGCCGGGGGAGGCCCCCGGCGGCCCCGAGCCGCCCGACCAUCAUCCGCCCGGCCGAGCCCUCCCUGCUGGAUUAACCCCGGGAUCCGCCGCCCCCCGUGCCGCCGCCGGCGCCCUCGAAACGGGAGAAACGGGGGAGAAACGGG